AUGAUUCACAUUAUUCGGUUUGCGGGCGAGUUGAACGUCUUCCAUUAUUGUCAUUCAUCGGAGGAAGUGGGCGGCGAGGGGCGGCGCGGGUGCCGGCGGCGGUCCCCGCGCGGCACGGCGCUACUCAGUCGCCCGCCGACACUCUCGCUGUCAGUACGCGAGGGAGUGCGGGCCGUUGGCUACGACGCGGGCUACAGCGUGUGCCACAGCGGCCACUUGUCGACGGUCGACACAGCUCAGUCUGCGGAGUCAGCUCGGCUGCCCAGCGCCUGCUGCCUGCGAACGCACGGUGAGUGCGUCCACUGCAUGCACGCGCCAAUCGACCGGCGCGUCUAUUUCGAGGCGCUCGCGAAUCCCGAAGUGACGUCUCUCCGACGCCGGGAUGUUCCGCUUUUCGCGUGUCACGCGGGCCAUCCGACGGGCGUGUUGAUAAACAGUGUCGGCUUUCAUCACCGCGGACCCGAGUACGGCGGUCGCGGGUGGCGCAUCGAAACACCGCCGUGGUGCUCCGACUCGGCAAUCAAAACACGUUCUUUCAGUGUCAUGUGGAUACUAUACAAUCGGCGAUUGCCG